AUGGCGACGCUUUUAUUCGGGCUGGCGAGGGGGAUAUCCAAGACUGUCCACGAUUCACACAACCGAGACAACCACACCUCGAACACCCCGCGACAAACCACGAUUAUGACCCUACCACCCUCCCAGUCCAACCCUGAGUACGCUGCACCAGCACAUGUACCUCGAGACGAACCACCUCCGCCGUACACAGAAGUUGCACCUCCAGAGGCCCGGAUUCCUCAACCACAAACCCAAGCCCCUUCGCGAAUGCCAACUCAAAGACGAACACAACCGCAAUCGCAAGGGCCUUCGCAACCUCAACCAAUAAUCGGAACCCCAAACCAAGCGCAAACCCCAACACGAAAUCCAAGUCAAUCGCAACCACGACCAGAGCAACCGAAACGGGCUCCAAGUCAAUCACAACCCCCAACUCGAACCCAAUCACAAUCACAGCCCCAACGAUCUGCCUCUACGAUCCGCCACCGUGCAAUUAUUCCCUCCUAUCAACAACCCCCUUCUCAAGAACCAGCAGGCUACGUAGUCGUCGACGCAGUACCCGGCCUUGACGUCUGCGAUUGCGUUUACAAAGAUGGUUUCGGACUGGCUCCGAAGUGUCGAAGAUGUGAAAGGCAAGCGAGGAGGGGCCACCAGGGUACCGGGGGAAGGAGAAGGAGGAGGCAGCGAGAUGGGCCUACAUAUGCGAUUGUUGAUGAGAUGAGGAGGUGA